ACACGAUCGAGCGGUAUGCAACGUUUCCCGCCUGAUACGAUUGUCCAAGAGCACCGGGGACGUGGUUCAGUUCUGUCGAUCGCUGGCCACCUUGGGAAAGGUCCAUCUGAGCUUCGGUCACCUGAACGCGGCGGCGAAAGCCUGGGAGCACCUGUCCAGAGACUUGAAGGAGCCUAUACCCGUGGCUUGGAUCAGGCACGAGAUAGGACGAUGCUACCUGGAGACUGGACGGUACGGACGAGCUCUGGAGAUGGCGUCCAGGUGCAUAGAUGCAGCGAUGAAGGACAACUCCGAGAAGUGGAUGCUCCAUGGAAGGCUCCUGUUAGGUCAGACCCUGGCGAAGCUGGGGAGGCUCGCGGAGGCGUUGGACGAGCUUCAGAUCGCCGCGAAGAUCACCGAGGAGGAGGGCGACAAUCCCAUGCUGUCCUACAUCCGAGAUCUCAUGGACCAAGUAUCGGUCGUCCUCAGGAGGAUCGAGAACGAGCGUCGCGGAAUCGAGAAAUCGAAGGUCACGCCGGCCACGGAGAGGGAGGAGGACCGGGACGCGAAACCGUCCGACCAGUUCAUCAGCCGAACGGAAACCGUAAUAACCACUAUGUUCUCCCAGAGGAGGGUGAUUACGGCGCUCCGUGGCGGAGGUUCCAGUAGUGGAACGUCGGUCGCCGCGGACGAGGAGAUAACGAUGCACUCGAAGGGUUCGACAAGCCUCGACGAGGUCAAGCUGGAUUUCAAAGGAAGCUCCGGAGGUCUAUCAAGGUCUACUCGGAAUCCGAGAAUAUCGCGAAAUCGAAGCAAAGUCGCUUCGUUCUCCUCCUCGUCAUCCUCGUCGUCAUCCGCUGACGAUGAACUCGCUGAAGAGCCCGAUGUCGAUUCCGUGAGAGGUAUAGUUCGCGAUACCAAGCAGAAUCUCGAAGAAGAGUCGUUGAUUCGGUCAAUAGACAGCAAAACGUCGAUGAACACCGUGAACACUGGUGCCACCUACGUGAUAGACAGCGAGGAGGAUAGUGUGGCGAAAGGAGAGUCGGACAACGAGGUCGAACCGAAAACGACGUCCUGGAGGUCCGAUAAGGGCUGCGAGGGGGCCGGGGAGAACGUUGGCUCCAGCGAUAAGAACGCGAGGGAGGGUAUGCUAAAUGCUUUUCGGGCGAUCAAAGAGUUGGCCAAUAAGAACGAAGUGGAGCUGCUGGAUGUUCUGACGGACAUGCUGCUGACACGCGAUGGGAAAGAUCGAUCGCGCGAUCUCGGGAACUCGGGCGACGCCGGCGGGGAGAAAUACGAGAACACGAGAUCCUGCGAGGAUAGCCAGGACAAGGUCGCGGCGUGUCAUUCUCUUUAUAAACACUCUCUGCCCUCCAGCCCUAGGAAACGCGACGUCAAUGAGGAUUUCCAUGGCUGCGAGGCUACUUCAGGGUCCAAUUGAUUGUAUUUCUAUUAUCAGUACAUUAAAC